CGCGGCUAACAGAAUCCGACAUGUCUCGCCUCACACAGAAGAGAGAGAAACGAAGAGAAUCUAGAGAGAGAAACAGAACGAAUGGCGUUUCAAUCGUCUCCUGUACCCUCUUCUCUCCCACUCUUCUCAGUACACUCGAAAAACCCCUCAAAGCAGUUUAACUCAAAGUCUGUUGGGUUUAAUGUGAGAUCCAGCUUGGAAAAUGAUUCCUCUCCAGAUAUUUCAGAUCACUCAUCGGAACCUAUCAAGAAGAAGGUUUGUAUUUUUAGUGCUUGUCAUAGUGCCUGCAAUGGCUACUGUUAUAUCUUGGGAUCUCAAGCAUUUACCUCACGACGGCAGUGUUUGACAUGUUUCUGCUCAAGUGUAGCUCUUAUAAACAUUUCUGGUAAUUCUAUUUGUGAACCAAAGGCCAUUGCUUUGGAAGGAAAAGAAAAACCUGCAUGUCGAAACUGUGGGGGUAGUGGUGCAAUAAUUUGUGAUAUGUGUGGUGGUACAGGAAAAUGGAAAGCCCUCAAUAGAAAACGAGCUAAAGAUGUUUACGAGUUUACUGAAUGCCCAAACUGUUAUGGUCGUGGGAAACUUGUGUGUCCUGUUUGUUUAGGUACAGGAUUACCAAACAACAAAGGCCUUCUCAGGAGGCCUGAUGCAAAACAAUUACUUGAUAAGAUGUAUAACGGUCGACUGUUGCCAAACUCUUAGGUUCUACUCUUCAGACUGGCCAAUGGAGUAUGGCUACUUUCAAUUAUGAUUGUUAUUUCUAUUUCUAAAGAGCAGCUGUUAGGAGCUGUUCUCCUGUGGCAUUGUAUUUGACAAGAUGGACAAAGAAGGGGCCAAAACGUAUAUAAUUCUGCAGCAAACCACAUGGAGAAGCCAUCUACAGCCCUCCUCUUUUGAUGUACUUUUGUGCCAUGGUUCCACUCUUUUGGGGCUUAAUUUAUGCGCUUGGCUAGAAAAUUGCCACUACUAGAGUUUGGUCACAAUCUAUCUGAUGCUGGUUUGUCAUAGACUCGUGCAUUAGAUAUUGGGUCUUUCCAUGGAAAUGAUUUUUUUUUUUUUUUUGUGUAGUUGGAGAUUCUAAAAUGCCUGCAGAACAGGCUUUAUUGAGUUUGAUAUUGUAUCUAAAAUCAGUACAUGUUCUUCAAAGCAUCUAAUCUGAAAUAUAUCAAUUUUGUAUGUUUCUACA